AUGGGUUGUUUUUGGUUCGUCACGAUCAAUUAUGUGGAAGGGAAUCCAACGCACAGCGAUAGAAACAGACGUCUGAUUGCGAUCAAAGACAGCAUGAGACUGAUCUACAGGGGAUGUUUGCAUGACAAUCCCACUCUGGCCGAGGAGUGUAAUAAAGAUGGCACUUCAUGCAAGAAAUGUAACUCUGGCGAUGGCUGCAACAAAGAGGCAGAGGAAAAUACCUUCACAUGCAUUGUCUGUCGCAGUGAUAUUGAUAAGAAAUGCUGGAACGAAGCUGAUUCUACGGGACAAAAAUGCCGCACAGGUGAAAGUUCAGCCCAAGAAGGAUGUUUCCAUGGAAUUUGGAAUGAUGUUGCCAUUCGUGGAUGUGUAAUCGAUGCGGAUGAGAAAACCAAAGCUACCUGCCUGGAUGCCAAUAAUCAUCAGUGCCGAGUCUGCUAUGCUAAAAAUUGCAAUAAGGAUAAGUCAUCGUCGGCACCUCAAAGUGUUACCAUUUUCACUGGCCUCUUAGUAAUGAUGAUAUCGGCCAUUUGGUAUUUGAAUUAAAUUCUAUAAAACGUU